AUGGACAAGACACUCUGCAGUCCGCAUCCCGGGACCAACAAAACCAACUCUUCCUCCACGGACCGCGGGAACUCAUCGGCGUGCAAGCAGCCCAGCGGCCGGAGCGGCUCGCACAGCCCCGGCUCCGGCUCCUUGGGUGGCCCGGCCGGAGCAGGAGGAAGCCGGGGAGCUGUGCUGGGGAACAGCAUGAAUCUGCAGCAGCAGCAGCAGCAGCAGCAGCAGCCGGGGCGGAGGCGGCUGCUANCGCACAGCCCCGGCUCCGGCUCCUUGGGUGGCCCGGCCGGAGCAGGAGGAAGCCGGGGAGCUGUGCUGGGGAACAGCAUGAAUCUGCAGCAGCAGCAGCAGCAGCAGCAGCAGGCGCGCAGGAGGCAGCUGGAAGGAGUGCUGAGCAAAUACACCAACCUGAUCCAAGGCUGGCAGAACAGGUACUUUGUGUUAGAUCCAGAGUUGGGACAGCUGCAGUACUUUGUCAACGAGCAGGGGAAAAGCCAGAAGCCCCGUGGGUCCCUGCCCCUGAUUGGCGCCUCUGUAACCCCGAGCGACGAGGCUCCGCACAUGUUCAUUGUAAACUCUGUCAAUGGAGAGCUGUACAAACUCAGAGCGUCCGACGCCAAAGAGCAGCAGUUCUGGAUCACUCAGCUCCAAGCGUGUGCCAGACGUCACUCUGACAGCAGUGCCAAGGGCUCCUCAUCCUCUGGUCGGACCCGUAGCUUCUCCCUCCUCCCCCACCUAACCCCAUCAUCAUCCCCGGGUUCCCAGAGGCACCUGGGCCACACGGCCACACCCAGCAACAUCGUCACCAUCACCCACCACAAAUCUCCGGCUGCAGCUCGGCGGGCCAAGAGUCAGUAUCCAGGUCGGCUGCUGGAGGUCAAAGAGGUGAUGUCCCAGGCAGAGGGCCAACAGAAGAACCUGGUUCAGUCUAUUGACUCUCUACCCACCAAAGGCCCCCUCUCCUGCCUGGACCAGGACCUGCUACUGCUCAAAGCCACGUCGGCCGCCACACUUAGCUGCCUGGGAGAGUGCCUGAACAUCCUCCAACAGACCCAGAGCCACAGCCAGGCGGCACCUCAGUCCCAGGCCUCGCAGCGCAACCACGCCACCCACGGAGCCCCCUCCGAUGGUGUUCCUGUGUGGACUGUACCAAAGUCGCCCUCAGGGGAGCAGUUGAAGAACGGAGGUCUGACUCCUCUACAAUCAGCCGAGCCCUCCCCGGCUCUCAGGAUAAGGGGUCUGUCCCAUGGUGCUGAGCACCACCCAGGGCUGGAGGACAUCAGCCCCACUGAAGAGGUGACAGACACGGAAGACAACGAGGAGGAGGACCUGGGCGUCCUGGAUGACCAGCGGAGCAUCAUUCUCCACCUGCUCUCCCAGCUCAAACUGGGCAUGGACCUCACACGGGUGGUGCUGCCUACCUUUAUUUUGGAAAAGCGAUCACUGCUGGAGAUGUACGCCAACUUCAUGGCCCACCCUGACAUGUUCCUGUCGAUCACAGCUGGGGCCACAGCCGAGGACCGGAUAGUCCGCUUUGUGGAGUACUACCUAACUGCCUUCCAUGAGGGGCGUAAGGGAGCUGUUGCCAAGAAGCCCUACAACCCGGUGUUGGGGGAGACCUUCCACUGUUCCUGGGAGGUGCCUUGGGACAAAGUCAAACCUUUGGUUAGAUCGAACCAGGGGUCGACUCGGGAGCCAAGCAGGGGCCCCAACAACACGCAGCAGGGCGACGAUUCACCGGGGGGCUGCUACAGAGUCCGCUUUGUGGCCGAGCAGGUGUCCCAUCAUCCACCAGUGUCAGGGUUUUACUGUGAGUGCCGGGAGAGACAGAUGUGCGUCAACGCCCAUGUGUGGACCAAGAGCAAGUUCAUGGGCAUGUCUAUAGGAGUGUCUAUGGUGGGAGAAGGAGUCCUUUGUCUCCUGGAGCACGAUGAGGAGUACGUCUUCACGCUGCCCUGUGCCUACGCCCGCUCCAUCCUCACCGUGCCCUGGGUGGAGCUCGGGGGCAAAGUCUCCAUCAACUGCAUCAAGAGCGGCUACUCGGCCACCGUCACCUUUCACACCAAGCCUUUCUAUGGGGGGAAAGUCCACAGAGUGACGGCAGAGGUCAAACACAACCCGACCAACACCAUCGUGUGUAAAGCGCAGGGUGAGUGGAACGGCACGCUGGAGUUCACCUACAGCAGUGGGGAAACCAAAGUGAUCGACACGGCCAAACUCCCAGUCACCAGGAAGAAGCUGCGACCAGUGGAAAAACAGGGGAGAACAGAAUCCCGACGGUUAUGGCAACAUGUCACCAAGUCGCUGAAGGAAGGGAACAUCGACGAGGCCACGGAGCACAAACACAGGCUGGAGGAGCGACAGAGAGGGGAGGAGAGGCAGAGGGCAGCUGAUAACAAACCCUGGACACCCAAAUACUUCUCUAAAGAGGGAGAAGGUUGGAUUUACAACAACCCACUGUGGAAGUCGACCUGACAGCAGAGCGACGCUCUCUUCUCACGGACAACAACCGAGAUUCUGCCUCCACACGCUGAGGACGGUGUCUCACACAGACCUUCGGACCUGAGCUUACAGACUCUCAGAGCGACACCAUAGAGACACAAACAGGAAACACGCAAGGUGCCAAAGGGAUCUCCACUGUUAUAACCAAGAAGGGGUUUGGAGCUCUUGGGACAGAAGUACAUUUUUAUAUACAGUUAAUAGUAUUACUAUUCAAAGUAGAGUAUUUCUAUUUUUCACCUUGCCAAGGCCUUUUUUGCACAUGCACAGUAAUGGAGUUUGCCACUGGUGUUUUACUUUUUUUUUUUAAAUGAUCAAUAUGUUUUCUCAGACAUGUCAGUGUUUGGUUCAAAGCUUUUAGUUCGUCAUGCAGCGUUAGAAUGAACUGAUGGAAGUUCCCUGUAACACAUAAAACUGUAGUUGUAAAUGAGUUGUUUGUAAAAGCACUUUUACCAUAGAAAUAAAUUUACUAUUUUAUAUCUAUGGCUUUUACCAAUCAGGGUGGUCUCUAAGAGCUUUAUGGGAAAUAAGAACACCUGACCAGAUUUUAAACGAUAUAAAUCCAGUGGUAAAAUGUACUACAUUAGAAUAUGUGUUAGUAUAUAUUAUUAUACAGUAUAUUACAGUGAGCUACUGGAAAGUAAAGGCCCUGAUUGUUUUGUCUGCACUAUGAAUGUAUCUGGACACAUUUUAAUAGUGAUUAUGCCACUUUCCCAUCUUGUACUUUGCUACUACACGCUUUUUAUUUUACCCUGUCGCUCCUUUGACAGUAUAUCACCCACUGAGUGAGACGCCACCGCAUAACCGACGCUUUCCAUUACUACCUCUCUCAUUCAGCUGUUCCAGCCAUUAGCCAGUUUUUCUUCUUCUAAGAGAAAACACUGGUUUGUUUGUGGCAAAAUGUUCCUGGGUGUCUUCUAAUCUUUUUCUGGAUCUGUGCCCUUACAUUGGCACUUGUGUAAUAAUUAGGCAGCCGCUGCACACCCAGUUACUACGUCUCCUUGGGUCGCCCGUGGCGAUGAAUAUGGAUGAGCAGGCUUACAGAAACACACAGCCAUGCUCUCACAUCUGCGGGCUGCUGGAAGAUUGCCUCUGAAGAUGAGAGGAUUAUCUACCAGAAUAACAAUCAUAGGGAGCUGGGGUAACCAGCCUGUUGGACAGAAAAGGAAAUGCAACGGGUCAUACAACUGUAGUACUCACAUUCUCACAGUGCACAUUUGAUAAAUUAUGCUGCCAAUUUCCAGAUUGAAUGGAUUUCCUAAAAACAAAGAAGAGCAGAGAUUAAAUGAGAGUAAUUAACAGUAUGUCCACUUCAUGUUCUUCUUCAAUGAAAGUUUAUUUUUUAUGGCCUUAUAUAUAAAUAUUUUUUUUUUGUCAUGAAAGAACAUUCACUUUACUCCUCACUACUUUUCCUCUCAGUUGUUCCUUCAGUUUAACUUUCAGGUGUAUUGUAGUAAAGGUAUUUUUAGCCAGGUGAAUUUACCAGAUGCCAGUUUGUAGCCUAAGCCAUGACAGUACAUGACAUAUUACAAUACAGUACAGUACAUAUUAAACCACUGAGAAAAACCUGUCACCUUCUUCCAUCCACUGUUCAUUCCUGUUUCAUGACACUCGCCUUACAUGAAACUAACAAGCAGUUUUCUAUAUCCAAAAGGAUCCAGACUCACCUAAGUAGACAGUGAUUGUGGAUGAAUGAAGGACUAUCCAUUA